GAAACGCACGCACAAACAAACAAGAGAGAGAGAGAGAUGGAAUGGAAAAAAUGCUAUCUGGAUGUUGUACUUGUCCCUUUGGGGUUUCUGACUUGCGUUGGUUAUCACGUCUGGCUAUGGCAUAAGGUAAGAACCCAACCCUUGAAGACCAUCAUUGGAACAAAUGCCAGCGGACGGCGCUUGUGGGUCUCAGCCAUGAUGAAGGACAACGAUAAGAAAAACAUCUUGGCCGUCCAGACACUUCGAAACACAAUCAUGGGAUCAACCUUAAUGGCCACGACAUCUAUCCUCCUCUGUUGUGGCCUAGCAGCUGUGAUAAGCAGUACCUACAGUGUAAAGAAGCCACUGAACGACGCCAUUUACGGAGCUCAUGGUGAAUUCAUGCUGGCACUGAAAUAUGUGACGCUCCUCCUCAUUUUCCUCUUCUCAUUCAUCUGCUACUCUCUCUCCAUUAGGUUCGUGAACCAGGUGAAUUUCCUCGUCAAUUGUCCACAGGAAAAUACGUGCUUAGUCACUCCGGAGUACGUAUCGGAGCUUCUGGAGAAGGGUUUUGUUCUCAACACUGUGGGGAACAGAUUAUUCUAUGCAGCACUUCCUCUUCUGCUUUGGAUCUUUGGGCCUGUUCUUGUUUUCUUGUGUUCUGUCACCAUGGUCCCAGUGCUUUACAACCUUGACGUUGUGUUUACAAGUGCACAUGGAAAGGUGGAUGAGAUUAAAAAUAAUGACUUUGGAUCCGUGUAAGAGACAAGCUAGUACUAGCAUACAUUUGUUGACAAUGAGUUUGCCAAUUGUUUGGGUGUUGUAACUAACUUUCACAAUUGUCUGUUGUUAUCCAAAGAGCUGAAAUAUAUUUCACUAAAUAAAAG